CUUACGGCGAAUAUUUGUACUAUAAUUUUGAUCUGUCAAAUUUGUAAAAUUCGUUUUAAAAUCGUCGUCGAAAGUUUAUUAUUUUCGUGGAACUAUGGAAACUUCAAGCAUAGCACUUCGCCGAUUGAUGAUACAACAAUUAGAACCGGAUUUAAAUAACGUAUUGAUAAUAGGUAUAAUAAUUGCGAAACAACGUCCGAGGAAAUUUACAAGCACGGGAAAAGAUGGCAUUUCUGAACGCGGAGUUUGGAAUUUUACGCUUCGCGAUACCCCUAGGGAUUAUAUUAAUUGUACGUUUUGGGGGCAAGGUGAGGAAAUAUGGAAAUUAGCCGAAGCCUUUCAAAUCGGAGAUGUAGUCGAAGUAACUCGCCCAAGGAUUUCUAUAAGAGCCAUCGAUAACCAUGGGGAACAAUUUCGACCGACGGUUACAUCCCCUUAUACAUUAACUUUAUAUGAUAAUCAAUCGAGGAUCACUCGAUAUCAAAAUCCUAAUGAAUUUUUACGUUUAUUGAGAUAUCCUACUAAACCCUUAGCUAUUUUUGUAACAAUAGCUGAUGUUCAAUCUCGCGAUAUCACAUCAGCUCCAAAAUAUGUUGAUAUGUUAGUUGCUGUCCGUUCUAUAGGCGUAGUUCGCAAUGUUAAAACUAAAUCAGGUAUAGAACAGGAAGUUCGUGAUUUUACCGUGUUGGAUCACACUUCAGAAGGUGUGAGAAUGACUACUUGGGAUCCAGAAUUAAUCGCUAGAAUCGGUUUUUGGAAACCUCGAACAACAAUUUUAUUUCUCGCGGACGUUAAAGUUGAGUAUAGUCAUUUUCAUAAAUCUAUAAUGCCUGUAAUUGGAUCUAGAACAAUUAUAACUGAAGACCCAAUCGGCCAGGAAGCCGAACAAUUAAGGAAUUAUGCUUCAACUGCUCCUUUACUUCCGUCUCAUAUUAUAGAGCAGCUAAUGUCGAGAUAUAAUCCAACAACAAUUAAAAAUAUAAUGACAAUUAAUCAAGUUCAACAAAAAGUUGAUUCAAUGAUGUCUUCAUCAAAUCUAAGAAGAUUAGAUGAUAGACAUUUUGUGGCUUUAUUAUAUUGCAUGGUGAGCCACUUGGAUUUGGAUGGUUUACUUCCGGUUACUACGACAAGAUGUAAGAGAUGCAAAUAUCUCAUUAACAAUAAUCAAUUAUGCGAAAAUGAGGAGUGUGUUUCAUCGAGAGGAAUUGAAAUGGUCGAUUUAGAAACGACUUUCGACAUUAGAGUUAACUUAAGUGAUCAUACCGGGUCGAUUAAUAACUGUAGAUUAGUCGGAACGACCGCGGAAGAAAUUUUGGGUUGUUCGGUACAAAAGUUUAUCAAUAUGUCCGACCAUGAAAAAGGCGAAUUAAAAUGGAAAUAUUUACUCGAACGUUGUGAAAUUCGCAUCAUCGUUUUAUGCACAAAAAAUGCAAAUUCCAAAAUUUCUAUUUUAAGCUGUUCACGUUCUUCACCGAUUGAUUUUGCUUCAAAUAUUCCUAUUUGUUAAAUUAUUUUUUUCUUGUUAAUCGAUUUAGGUGAUUAAUUCGCGUUUUGUUCCUAUAAUUAUACAAAAU